CAAAAACGAGCAGGCAAAUGACACUAAGCCCUUUGCCCCUGCUUCCACGCAUGCCCAUCGGCACAUCGUUUCGGCUUCCGUCGUCCACCUCUCGGCCACGUUUCAUGCACGUACAUCCUCAUGCGGAAACAUCUCUGAAUCGCCGUUCUCCUCCCUUAUAACCUACGCGCGCUUGUCGAUCGUUCCCAUUCCAGUUCUUUAUCAUCAAAAACCAACCAGAAACAAAGUGAACUAGAAAAAGAGCAAGAAAUGAGCCCAGAGAGAGACGCAUUCACGAGCAUUCUCAUGCUCCCAUGGCUUGCUCACGGCCACAUCUCACCCUUCCUCGAGCUUUCCAAGCGAUUCGCCGAUAGAGGCAUCCACAUCUACUUCUGUUCCUCGCCCGUGAACCUUGCCUCUAUCAAGCCAAAACUCGUAGGCACCACAUACUUCAGCAAGAUUGAACUCGUCGAGCUUCAUCUUCCUUCGCUGCCUGAACUUCCGCCUCGCAACCACAGCACGAAAACACUACCUCCACACCUCAUGCCGACCCUCAAGAAGGCCUUCGACAUGUCGAGCCCUGGCUUCGCCGAUAUCUUGAAGCUGCUUGACCCGGCUUUGGUCGUUUACGAUUUCCUCCAGCCUUGGGCGCCAGCCAUUGCCUCAUCAAUGGGCAUCCCGGCCGUCGAGUUCUUGUGCACGAGUGCAACGAUGUGCGCUUUUGUCAACCAUGCUAACAUGAAGCCCGGCAACAAGUUCCCGUACCCCGGGAUCUACCUUCACGAUCAUGAGGUCGAUCAGUUUGCCAACUUGCUAGAGUGUUCUGCCAACGGGAUCAAAGAUCGCGAUCGAGUGUUCCAGUGCUAUGAACGUUCCAGGGACAUGAUCAUGAUCAAGAGCAUAAGAGAAAUCGAGGGAAAGUAUAUUGACUACCUGUCGUUCUUAAUAGAUAAGAGUGUGGUCCCAGUUGGCCCGCUUGUGGAGGAUACUGCGUUUGAAGAUUGCGAAAAAUCCGAAAUUCUGGACUGGCUCGACAACAAGGAAGAGAAGUCGACCGUCUUCGUGUCGUUCGGGAGCGAGUACUUCCUCUCGAAGCAAGAGAUGACAGAGAUAGCUCACGGCUUGGAAGCCAGCAAGGUGAACUUCGUCUGGGUGGUGAGGUUUCACGACGGAGAGAGAGACGCAGCCGCCAACGGCGAAUCCUACUUGCCAGAAGGCUUCCUCAAGAGAGUUGCGGGACGAGGCCUUGUCCUAGAAGGGUGGGCGCCACAGGCGGCGAUCCUACAACACUCCAGUGUCGGCGGGUUCGUGAGCCAUUGCGGAUGGAGCUCGGUGAUGGAGAGCAUGAGGUUCGGGGUCCCCAUCAUUGCGAUGCCGAUGCACCUGGACCAGCCUGUGAACGCGAGGGUGGUGGAGGAGGUGGGCGUCGGCGUGGAGGCGAGGAGGGACGAGACGGGGACGAUCCGGAGCGCGGAGGUGGCGAGGAGCAUAAGGAACGUCAUCGUUGACAAAGCGGGGGGGAGAGUGAGGCAGAGAGCGACAGAGAUGAAGGGGAUAAUGAGAAGGAAAGGUGAUGAAGAGGUUGAUGGGGCUGUGGACGAGCUAUUGCGAGCGUGCAGGAAGAGGGAUUGGUGUGAGGAGAAUCAUAAGAUUUUAGUACCCAGCUGAUGAUGAUAGCUGUCCUGUUUUCGUGCACUUCAUCCAUAAGAUAAAAUAAACUAAAGAAAAGCU